GGGAGAUGAAACAUUUAGGAAGUUGCAGUUGCAGAAUGCAAUCAAUGUAGAUCCAGCCAAUAGCAAGAGCCUUCAACCGAUUGCAGUUUCCAACACACAGAUUUUCAGCGGAGAGGAGUCGAGUCUCCGGAUUUUCUUCCUGCAAGAUCCACUGUGGUGUUGGUGAACCACCUUGCAGACAACCCCAUGAAGAUGAAAGAGGGCCCAAUCUGUGGUGGAGAGAAGACAUGAUUUGUCUCUUCAAAGUGACCCUUUGUCAGCAUCCUCUGUGGUUUUCUGAGAGCGAACCACCGAGGUCGUUCUGGAGUGACCAUGCGACAAACCAUUUGGUGCCACCAAGUGGUGGCCGUUAUGGACGGAGUGGAUAACCUCUAUGAGAUGACCUGUACAGCACUCACCUUGUCGAAUGGAUGAUAAGAUGACAAGGUCAGCACAACUACCUGAUCCUCUUGACUUGAUCGCAUGUUUCUCUGUCUCUGUCCCCCAUGAUCUGCAUCUCUCUUACACAUGAAACCGGCACAUCCGAAAAAUGAACGACAUCUUGGACACCGCUGCGACGUCUGGUCCCAGGGAGCAGGCCGACCUUCGUUUCGCGCGUGCGACGGUGUCGCCGGCGGCAAUGGCCCCACGUCGCAGCGGGUCGCAAGCGCUCCCGGGAGAGCUCGUCUUCCAUCCCUGCGUGCCGGAGCACAUGGAGUGCUCCACACAGGUGGAGCUGAGUGAGUCUGAGGUCGAGGAUGAGGAUCCCGAGCCGAAGUCCACCGGAUCAAAGGUGAAGAGGGACAUCAAGAGACAAGUUCAAGCGCAGAUCUUGCAGACCUUCCUGAAGAAGCACAAGUUCAAGCAAGAUGUCAACCAGCGAAAACGCAGUUCGGGCGGCUGCCUCCUCUUCAGACCUUCUGAGGAAUUCUGCCCGAUCCACCUGGCAGCCAAGACUGGAGACCUGUCUGUACUCCGCGUGCUCCUGCGGGCGGGCGCAGAUCUCCAUGCGCGGAGCUCUCGCGGCCGCACCGCCUUGGAUCUGGCGCGCGAGGCGGACGUGUGCGGUUCCCACGCUCAGGCGGUUCCGGGGGGCCGCGGGGCCGGGCCUGGUUUUCUGCUCAAAAACGACGAUUUAGAGAGAAGAUGAAGCCUUAUCCCAAAACAUGAUCUGUUUUUUUUUCCGCAUAGGUGUGGGAUUUUCCCAGAUUCUAUCUAACACGGGAUUGACUCCCAAGACUUGAUGGUGCUGGGACGUCUGAGAAAGCAGACGUCCUGUUUUUGUCCUGCUGUCCAUUCCGAUGCACCGCUCGCUUCCAAGUAUCGAGCCUUGGGGACGUUCAAAUCACCACGUAUUUACGAAAUCCGAACAAUCCAAUGGUGGUUUUCUCAUGUGUUUUUUUGUUUAGCUAACACCUACAGUAAAAGAGUUUGCAAGCAAAUAGCUCAAUCCUACCCAGCUGCCCUUCUUCACGUUUGAUCCACAUCAUUG